UGGGCUUUGACGUCAUGUGUGCUCCUUUCAGUUGCCAUAGCAACCCCAUUCCCCAAGCCCUCUGUCCGUCUCCUCUGGUAGGCUCCACAAUGGUACAGGCAGCCUCCCGCUGCACAAUGGUUUCCAGGCAGUGAGAGAGAGAGUGAUUCAGCAAGCCACUCUUCUCGUCCAACCGCCCGUCUCUUUUUAUUUUUAUGGGAGUGGGUGGUGCUUCAUAUAUUAUAUGCUUACCUGUUUUUUUUCUAUUUUCGUUUUUACAAAUUUCCUUUCUCUUCCUCACUCCUCAAUUCCCAGGGGCUUGAGUGAGCUAAAGAUCGGGUCUUCUUGGAAAUCACCUGUCUGUUAUUAUUUUUAAACAAUUUCCACACCUCCAAAGACUCUCCUCCUUAUUCCGGUUUGGAAUGUGGCUAAUGAAAACCCAGUAGGGAGGAUUUCUGAGGCAAGCAUCCGGACCAAGAUCCUAGUUCUCAGGCACGGAAUGGCUAGUGUGAGAACACCACCGGCAGGACCCUCUCAGAUCCUGGUUAUGGCAACUCACACAAGAAGCUGUUGAAUUAGAUCCCUUUCCUAUAGAUGAGAAACCACACAAGCAGUGGUAUUUAUGAGCCUCCAUUUCUUGUACUACUGCAGUGAACCAACCUUGGAUGUGAAAAUCGCCUUUUGCCAGGGAUUCGAUAAACACGUGGAUGUGUCAUAUAUUGCCAAACAUUACAACAUGAGCAAAAGCAAAGUAGACAACCAGUUCUACAGUGUGGAAGUAGGAGACUCGACCUUCACCGUUCUCAAGCGCUACCAGAACCUGAAGCCGAUUGGCUCUGGGGCUCAGGGAAUAGUUUGUGCUGCAUACGAUGCUGUCCUCGACAGAAAUGUGGCCAUUAAGAAGCUCAGCCGACCCUUCCAGAACCAAACUCACGCCAAGAGGGCUUACCGGGAGCUGGUCCUCAUGAAGUGUGUGAACCAUAAAAAUAUUAUUAGCUUAUUAAAUGUUUUCACACCCCAGAAGACGCUGGAGGAGUUCCAAGACGUUUACCUAGUGAUGGAACUGAUGGAUGCCAACUUGUGUCAGGUGAUUCAAAUGGAAUUGGACCAUGAGCGGAUGUCUUAUUUGCUGUACCAGAUGUUGUGUGGCAUCAAGCAUCUCCACUCUGCUGGAAUUAUCCACAGGGACUUAAAACCCAGUAACAUUGUGGUCAAGUCUGAUUGCACUCUGAAAAUUCUUGACUUCGGACUGGCCAGGACGGCAGGCACAAGCUUUAUGAUGACUCCGUAUGUGGUGACACGAUAUUACAGAGCCCCCGAGGUCAUCCUGGGAAUGGGCUACAAGGAGAACGUUGACAUGUGGUCGGUAGGGUGCAUCAUGGGAGAAAUGGUAAAAGGUGCAGUGCUAUUUCCCGGCACUGAUCAUAUUGACCAGUGGAACAAAGUCAUCGAGCAGCUAGGAACUCCAUGUCCAGAAUUUAUGAAGAAAUUGCAGCCUACAGUCAGAAACUAUGUUGAGAACCGGCCCAAGUAUGCUGGACUCACCUUCCCCAAGCUGUUUCCAGACUCCCUUUUCCCAGCGGACUCUGAGCACAAUAAACUCAAAGCCAGCCAAGCCAGGGAUUUAUUGUCAAAGAUGUUAGUGAUCGACCCGGCUAAGAGGAUAUCGGUGGAUGACGCCUUACAGCAUCCCUACAUCAACGUUUGGUAUGACCCAGCUGAAGUGGAGGCGCCUCCUCCUCAGAUAUAUGAUAAACAGCUGGAUGAGAGGGAGCACACCAUUGAAGAAUGGAAAGAACUUAUCUACAAGGAAGUAAUGAACUCAGAAGAAAAGACUAAAAAUGGCGUAGUGAAAGGACAGCCCUCUCCUUCAGGUGCAGCAGUGAACAGCAGUGAGAGUCUCCCUCCAUCCUCGUCUGUCAACGACAUCUCCUCCAUGUCCACCGACCAGACCCUUGCAUCCGACACUGACAGCAGCCUGGAAGCCUCGGCAGGACCCCUGGGUUGUUGCAGGUGACUAGCCGCCUGCCUGCGAAACCCAGCGUUCUUCAGGAGAUGAAGUGAUAGAACACAGCACACAUGCACAUUGCACACACACACACAGUUUGCACACACAUAUGCAUACACAAAGACACUCUCACACAUGCACAAAAACAUACACGCGAUGUCAAGAAAAUAGCAAGAAGAGAGAUCCAACCUAAAAUUAAGAUAAAUCUUUCUGCCUGCUUCUCCAAAGUUCUGUAUUACAGCUAAGCCGAAAUGUAUACUUCUAGUUGCUCUUGCUUUGGUCUCCUUCAACAGUGCUUACUACACAAAAUAAACCAGGCACAAAUUAGAGAAGCCUUUUCCCCAAAGUGUAAUUUAAAUGGCUGCGAAACCAGCAACCCGUUAGUGCCCUUCAAAUGGCAUGACAAGGUGUGCAGUGGCCCCAUCCAGCAUGUGUGUGUCUCUAUCUUGCAUCUACCUGCUCCUCUUGGCCUAGUCAGAUGGAUGUAGAUACAGAUCCGCAUGUGUCUGUAUUCACACAGCACUACGUAGAGAUGCUCCUGUCAGUGUCCUCAGGGCUCUUCCAAGACACCAUGCACUGGGGUACCACAUGGUCCAUUUCAUGUGAUCUAUUACUCUGACAUAAAUCCAUCUGUAAUAUAUUGCCAGUAUAUAAGCUGUUUAGUUUGUUAAUUGAUUAAGCUGUAUGUCUGAUAAGAAAAUAUGUAAAGGGGGAAUAUGGGGGAGUGAACUCUCAGACCCUUGAAGAUGUAGCUUCCAAAUCUGAACCGAUUAAAUGGCACCUGUAUACCAA